AUCGGGAUCGAUUUAAGAGGUCGAUAUAGCAGCUUCCUGAGUGGGAUUUUGACAGAGGAAUAUAAGGAAGAGAUCACCAUCUCGAUAUAAUUAGAAUCAUGAGCUACCCCUAUGGAGGAGGCGGGUAUGGAUAUCCAGGAGGACAGCCGGGAUAUCCCCAACAACCAGGAGGAUUUCCCCAGCAAACACCAGGCUAUCCCCAGGGGAGUAUGUCUAUGCCCACACCUGAGUCUGCUAAUGCUGCAGCUUAUGGGUCAUCCGCGGGAGGAUAUCCUGCCAAUCCUGGUGCUCCGGGACAAAUAGGAUUUGGGAGUUCACCAGGAUUCGGAGCUCCACAGCCUGGGUUUGGUGGUGCCCCACAACCUGGUGGAUACCCUCAGCAGCCAGCUGGAUACCCCCAGCAGCCAGGGGGAUAUCCCCAACAGCCAGCCUUUGGUGGUGCCCAGGCACCACCAGCUCAGCAAUCCUAUGGUGGUCCUCCUCCUCCCACCCAGCAGACCAUGUAUGGUGGUGCAGGAUUUGGUGCCCCCCAGCAGCCACCUGCUGGUGGUGCCCCAGGAUAUCCACAACAGGGAGGAUUUGGAGCUCCACAGCCCGGAUAUGGGGCACCACAGGCUCAACCACAAAGCUUCUCCAGCACACCGUCGUAUGGUGGAAAUCCUGGAAUGGGGCAACCCCAGGGCCAAGGUUAUGGUGCUCCCUCACAGCCCCAGGGCCAAGGUUACGGUGCUCCCACACAGCCCUCUGGACAAAGUUACGGCAAUCCUUCGGCACCAAGCUUCGGACAGGGACAGCCCUCUCAAGGCCCCAGUGCUGCUAAUGCCUAUAAAGCCAGAGAGGAACCCACCCUCAGACCAGCCAAGAACUUCAAUGCUGAAAAUGAUGCUAACAUUCUGAGAAAAGCCAUGAAAGGGUUUGGUACUGAUGAAAAAGCCAUUAUUGAUGUUCUGGCUUAUCGUUCAAAUUCUCAGAGACUGCAGAUCAAAACCUUAUUCAAAACCAUGUUCGGAAAGGAUCUAGUGAAAGACCUAAGAAGUGAACUAGGAGGAAAAUUUGAAGAUGUUGUUUUGGGUCUGAUGAUGUCUGAACCUGAAUAUGAUGCUUAUGAACUCAAACGAGCUAUGAAGGGUCUUGGUACAGAUGAAGAUGCAAUGAUAGAAAUUCUGUGUAGUCGUACCAAUCAACAGAUCAAGACAAUUAAUGAAACCUACAAGAAAAUGUAUGGUAGGACACUGGAACAGGACAUCAUUAGUGACACUUCCGGACACUUCAAACGACUGAUGGUAUCAUUAGCUAACGGAGGACGGAUGGAGAAUCAGACAGUGGACAUGAAGAAAGCUCAAGAUGACGCACAGAGACUUUAUUCUGCUGGAGAAAAGAAGUUAGGAACAGAUGAGUCCACAUUUAAUGCACUGUUGGCCUCUCAAAGCUAUGAACAACUGAGGGCAGUGUUUGAUGCUUACCACAAGAUUUCUGGGAAAGACAUGGAACAAGUCAUAAAGAGCGAAAUGUCAGGGAAUCUGGAAAUAGGAAUGGUUGCUAUUGUUCGAAUUGUACGAAACAGACCUGGAUACUUUGCUAGGAAACUUUAUCAUUCAAUGAAGGGUAUGGGGACAGACGAUAGAACUCUGAUCAGGAUCAUCGUAACCAGGGCAGAGGUAGACAUGGUCCAAAUCAAGCAGGAGUUCCAGAAACAGUUUGGAAAAAGUCUAGAUGGCUUCAUAAGGGAUGACACGUCCGGGGACUACAGGAAGGUGCUCCUGGCACUUGUUUCACAAGGAGGAGAAAAGAUAAAAACUGUGAUUGGUGGAAAUUGUACUACUUCAUUUCGUCACACUCAGUACUCGCGAUCAGAGGCAUUAACAUCCAAGAAAAUGGAGGGUACAGUGAAACCAGCAGCAGGGUUUAACGCGGAAGAUGACGCGAAUAUUCUCAGGAAGGCCAUGAAGGGCCUAGGGACUGAUGAGAAGACCAUUAUUGAUGUGUUAACUUCUCGCUCAAACGCUCAGAGACAAGAAGUAAAAGCCUUGUUCAAGACGAUGUUUGGCAAGGACCUUGUCAAGGAGCUGAAGAGCGAAUUGAGCGGGAAAUUUGAAGACGUCAUUGUGGGGCUGAUGAUGACGCCGGUGGAGUUUGAUGCAUCAGAACUCAAAAGGGCCAUGAAGGGUGCUGGUACAGACGAAGAUGCCAUGAUUGAAAUCCUGGCUAGCAGAUCCAAUGCACAGAUCAAAGCCAUCUCGGAAACCUACAAAAAAUUGUUCAAGAACAUCUUGGAGAAGGACAUUGAGAGCGAUACUUCCGGUCAUUUCAAAAGAUUAAUGGUUGCCCUGGCCAGUGCCGGACGAAUGGAAGAUCAAGUUCUUGACACCAACAAAGCAGAAAUAGACGCAAAGAGACUGUUCGAGGCCGGGGAGAAGAAGUUAGGAACAGACGAGUCCGUGUUUAACUCCUUGUUGGCCUCCCAAAGUUUCCAUCAGCUCAGGAUUCUGUUCGACAAAUACAAGAUUGUGAGUGGGAAGGAUAUCGAACAGAGCAUCAAGAGUGAGUUGUCGGGGAAUCUGGAGACCGGGAUGCUCGCCAUAGUCCAUGUCAUCAGAAAUACUCCUGGAUACUUUGCUGAGAGAUUAUAUCGUUCUAUGAAAGGUGCUGGAACGGACGAUAGGACGUUGAUAAGAGUCGUGAUCACGAGGUCAGAAGUCGACAUGGUACAAGUUAAACAGGAAUUUCAAAGGCAGUAUAAAAAGACUUUAGAAGAAUUCAUUAGGGAUGAUACUUCUGGGGACUACAGAAAGGUGUUGAUAGAGCUAGUCAAAAGAACAAACAGCAGACGACAGAGAAUAAACGACAGAAGGCAGACAGUGGAGUGGCAAGAUAUGGCGAGUGGAGUCUUCAGCGCUGAGAAUGAUGCUAAUGUCCUUAGAAAGGCUAUGAAAGGACUCGGAACGGACGAAAAGGCUAUUGUCAGCGUCCUAGGACAUCGCACUAAUGCACAAAGACAGGACAUCAUAAAGAUAUACAAAUCCAUGUUCGGCAGGAAUCUAAAGAAGGAUUUGAAGAGUGAAUUGGGAGGAAGCUUUGAGAAGGUCAUUUUGGCGCUCCUGAUGACACCGGCGAAAUAUGACGCCAGGGAACUUAAAAGAGCCAUGGAAGGUACAGGAACAGAUGAAGAUACGCUGAUAGAGAUUAUGUGCAGUCGCUCUAAUCACGAACUUCGUGCACUAAGCAAGGCGUAUGAAGAAAAAUACAAGAAAACUUUAGAAAAAGACAUUAAAGGUGACACAUCUGGAGAUUUUAGAAGACUACUCGUAUCUUUGUCGACAUGUGGUCGCCAGGAAGAUGCGCCUGUGGACAUGCAAAAAGCGCAGAUAGAUGCAAAGAGAUUGUUCGACGCUGGAGAGAAAAUGUGGGGUACAGACGAAGCCGUUUUUAACUCCAUCUUAGUGUCACAGAGCUAUCCUCAACUUCGGGCGGUGUUCGAGCAGUACAAUGUAAUAGCGGGUAAAGAUAUCGAGGACUCCAUCAAGAGUGAGAUGUCUGGAGACCUCAAAGCAGGAAUGCUGGCUAUAGUAAGAAUUGUCAGAAACAGAUCUGCAUUUUUUGCCACCAAACUUUAUCAGUCUAUGAAGGGUGCUGGAACCGAUGACGAAGAUCUAAUUAGGUUAAUCGUGUCAAGGUCAGAGGCUGAUAUGAGUGGAAUCAAGAGAGAGUUCGAAAAACUCUACAGCAAGACCCUGGAGGAGUUCAUAAAGGGCGACACGUCUGGGGAUUAUAAGAAUAUUCUAUUGGCGCUGAUCUCAUGAGUGGAAGUGUGAACGUCCCUCUAAAACAUGUGAAAUAUGAUGAAUCAAUGGACUAAUUUCAUCCGAAUACAAUAAAAAAAAAAAAUUCUUGUCUAUAUACAUACUUCAAUACCUCAUAUACAGACAGAUAGACAGUAGAUAUUAGAUAGAUAAUUUUUCGGAAUGAUCGGCAAAAGUAUAGGUAAAAGACGUUUAUUAAAACUUUACUAAACGCC